ACCAAUCCGAGCGCAGCUCUGGUGCAGUGGCUCCUCCUCCUCGCUCUCUGCUCGCACAUGUAACGUUAGCAGCCUCUCCUCCGUCUGUUGCGCUAUUGUCUCAUUGGGGACGCAGCGUACAGAGCGUAGCACCAUGGCAACUCCACUGGACCGGGGAGCUUAUGAGUGAUAGAAAGAGGGACGGUGUCAACAGGAAAUGAAGCCUGGAUUCAGGAGAGACAUAGCUCGUUGAUUUGCCUCGGGUGUACCGGCGGAUUCCUUAAUUCCAGUCUUGUGCCAGUCAGCAGGGCAGCCUGAGGCUUAAGCUGCAUGGCACGUUAGUGAUGGUGAGGAUUAUAUUUCUCUCAUAAUUAAACGGCUUCAAUGAUGGCAUCUCUCGCCAGGACCCGUGUUACCUGAGUCUGGACCUCUGCCCAUUCAUCCCUCCAUUGCACUGAGCGCUGGUCACUGGUGCGCCCGGAUCCCCCUGCCAGGCACCCAGACGAGGAUGGCCGGCCGCCGCGGCUGCGUGAACUCGCUAUGGUCGGGCACCGAGCGCGUCCGCAUCGGAGAGCGCCUCAAAGCGACGCUGGCCGGGGUGCUGGAGCUGGAGGUGCUCAGGUGCAAACACCUGGAGAUGGUGGACCGCGCUCUGGAGAACCAAGCCCACAGUGGCGCCAACGCAGAAGAAGAGCCACGGAGGGAGGAGAAGGAGGAGGAGGGUUGCGGGACCCCGGAGAGCGCCGAGCAUGGUACUGCGACAUCCCGCAGGCAACAGGCUCCUUCUCCUUCUGAUAAUGAGGUUCUGCCCUGUCAGAGCAGCCCUGAGGACUGUAGCAGUAAUGCAGGGGAUGGAACCGUCCAUACCUCAUCUGGCAGGGGGAAUAACUCACGCUGGUCAAUGCUGUCCUGGGACGCUCCCUCUGACCUCCUCUCUCCCCCAACACCUGACCCUGGUGGUAUGAUCAAUCUGGACUGUGACUCACGACCUAGUUCAGGCUUCUACUCUGUGAGUGGCAGCUCUCUCUCCGACUCUUGCUACUCUGUGUCCAGUGAAGGUGCCCAAGGAGGUUUGGCACCACUGACCAGACCACUGAAGCUGUGGGAGCAGGUUCCUCCAUCUUCUGACAACACUGACAUCCUGUGGUCAGAAGGUGCAGUGCAACAGCAACCUGCACAACAGAGCAUCCCGGAAAAUCCACCAACAGAUCGUACACCAGUACCAGGCCAAAGUGACCUCGACAAAACUGGUCUAAGCUUCUUGUCUGACCUCUGCUCAGAACUCGGCGAUUCUCUGAUCUUUUCUCUUCUCCCACUUCUCGACCCCAACUCUCCUUCAAACACCACCACUCCCUCCAAUUUGAAACCCCAUUUGGACCCCCGCUAUUGUACAGAUCUGGUGUCCCGUCGGACCAAAGAAGUGUACCCUUAUCCCAGCCCACUGCAUGCAGUUGCCCUCCAGAGCCCACUCUUCACCUCCCAGAGCCAAGAGCAAUCACCGUCUCAAAGCCCUGAAGAACCCCAACCCGACGACCAACAAGAAUCCGACACUGGCUCUACUCUGCCUCUCCAGGCUCACAAGCCUCCCACUUCCCCUUCUUUUACACACCUGGAGCAAUACAUCUCUCGGCUGGCUCAACAGUACCACAAUCGAGUAACUUCAUCCUCCUCAGAUUUCUCUACUGCAGCAAACCCUGGCACUGCCACAAAGAGAAACCUUUGUACCUCUGGAAAAAGUCAAGGUUCUACCCAGUCUCUAUCUGCCUUUGAGAGCUGCAAUACACUCAGCAUCACUCCCUGCAAAUCACUACUAGGUAACUCUGCCAGAGUCAGCCUCAGCACUACAGGAAAAAAAGCCACUAGGAAUUCAAUCAACUUGGGUAACCUACCUUCAGCAACUGGAGAGGACUUGAAUAUAAAUCUGCACCUCAACCUGAACUUGAACCUGACUCCUGGACUGAAUUCUAGCCAGGGUCUUGUGGACAAUUCAAAAUCAGGCAGUUGUGGAGCUUUAAGAGGCGACUGUGCUGCUGCCUCCACGACUUCUGCUACAUCAACAUCUACAGCUACACCCAUCCCAGCACUUAGACCUCGCCCUCGCAUUUCAACAUGUCCAAGCAGCUUGAGCCAUCGCAGUUCAUUAGAGGUCCCAUCAGGGCCUGGACCCAAUCCAGCUUUUGGGUCAUCUUCCUUCUGUCGCUCAUUAGACUGGAGCAGUGGUGCUCCCUCUGAGACUGGACCAUCAGUGUUUGGUGCAAACUCUGGAUCUGCUCCUGGGUCACAGCGCAGCAGCAUGAUCCAUGAGUACAGUUCCAGUCCCAAGGUUAGCGAAGACUCCCCCAUGGUGGGGGAAAUCUCCCGUCUCUCUGGACUGUCCAGGGCCGUUGUGGUCGGCCUGAUGGAACAAGGUGUCGAGCUAGAUAUUGACUGCUUCCAAACAGAUGCUACAGGUGAGGUAAAGGGUCACAGUAAAACUCACCUGACAACCCAAACAGAUCAGUCACAUGACCAUGCUAGACUGACCGAUCUGAACACCCAGAGACCAAUACAGCUGUCUCUUAGUGUCACCCAUUCUCCACAGUCUCAGUCCAGCCUCACUCCUCCUUUGUCGCACUCCAGCAGCCCCAUACACCCUUAUCAGUCCAUCCACAUUCCCUCACCCCACUACUCUUCACAUUACCAUUACCAGCAGAUCCCUUCCACAUCGGACAUUCCCUCUUCCACAGCCUCCUCCCCUGCCUCUCGCCUUACCCCACGGGGCCACUCCCCUCCCAGGCCCCUUCAGCCAUCCCCUAUGGGUGCUACCCCGCUAUCUGUUUUCCGUCGUGAUGCACCCUUCCAGUGCUCUCUGCCUCGCACCCACACCAGAAGCUCCCCCUCAGAGCAUAGUGGUUUCCAACAUAGAGGUGGAUCACUUCGACAGAGUGGGGGAGGAACUACAGGUAGUGGUGGGUGGAAGAGGGUGGAAGGGGAAGGGCUUUAUAGAGGAAAGCAUGCCUCUCACAAGUUGGUCAGGGCAGCUACCGUAAGCAGCUAUGCCCGAAAAGAGGACUAUUGCUCUGAUUGGGGAGAGGAACAGGAGGCAGAGCUAUCAGCAGCCCAGACAUCAAAGAAGACCUCAAUCAAACUCUUAAAGGGCUUUGAGGGACGUUUGUGGGGGAGAGAGUCUGAAAACGAAAAAGAGGAGAUAGACAGAGCUGAGUAUGGCUAUGGGUGGAGAAGGAAUAGUGUUGGAAGCUGGAGGAGGGAGCAUAGAAAAUUGAAGGCUUCAUCAAGUAGUGACAAGAGGCCAAAAGUUGAUAACUCCCCCAUUUUCCAUAAUAAGAAAGGGAAGGAAGAUGGGGAGAGGCGCAGCUCCAGUCUCAGGCUUUCCAGGAGGGCUUUGUUUAGGAGUGAGUCUCAAGGCUUGUUGAUGCCCCGUAACCACAGCGAGGAGCCCACAAAGCGGGCACACUGGGUCUCCUCAUUAGAUGUCGGACAAGGUGGCAUGUACAUCAGCAAAGGCGAAGGGGUCAGACUGCUGAGAGCAAAGGGCGAAGACAAACACCUGUCCUCCACGGCCAGUCUCUUUAACCUCUCUCGUUCUCAGAGCCUUGAGGGCAGUUGCCAUUCCAUCUCCCCUCUCUCCUCCCCUUCCUUUUCUCCAUCUCCUCCUCCACAGCUGCCCCUCCAACGCUCUAGAUCCCUAAGGGACUUGGGAAGGAGAGUGUUUGGCUCAAUGAGGUCCCUGAGUCUCAAACGGAAGCCAUCCAAGAAGUGACUCUUGUACAAUAAAUAAACUCUGCAGUAAAUGCAUUUCAGAUGUGUUACAUUCAGAUAAUCGGUAAUGAAUAGUAUUAUAUUUCAAGUAAAAUGAACCAUCCUCAUUUUAAGAUUUCAAGUUUGUGAGAUAAAUGACUGAUACAAUUCAAGUACAGUUGUGAAAAUUACAGCCAUAAGUAUCUGUCAGUACUUUUGACAACCAUCAACUAAGCCUUAUCAUUUAAUAUUGUUCUGGGCUCAAGCAAGUAUUUUGUAUAUUUCAGAAACAUGCACAUUUUUCAGCCUCUAAUCUGGAUCUGCAGCAUCACCUGUGUGCUUUCUAGCCAAACAAGUGCAUUACCUCCUAAAUUCUCCACACUGGCAAUACAUUAUAAACAUACAGUAACAUCAGUGGCACUGUAGGAUGCAGCAUUUCCCAUUAAGAAUAUCGAUAAACACCAUAAUAGUUUCAUAUUUUAUAAACCUUAUUAAAGAUUGUAUUCUUGAGAGUAUCAGUGGGGAUUUUACAGUCUGAAUGUUGCUUCAAAGGAUUUGACAUCUCCAUGGGAACAUUUUCCUGUUUCUCUAUUUUUUGGCUAAAAACUAGUCUGAUUUGAGGAUAUUGAACACAGACAAAUAAUACUUGCUGUGAACAGUGAGCAGUUCUAUUGCAUUUUAGUUGAAUGAUGCUGUAAACAUGAGUAUGAAUGUGUUUGUGUGAAUCCCUCUCCUGCAUGCUGCUCUGUAGCUUGUUCAGUAAUAUAGCUAUUGUAAGAGUGUGUUUUCCUGUUUGUUUAAUGGCAAUUUUGCCUCUGAAGUACAAUCAUAUUGGCAAGAUAAUGACCAAAACAAAGCAAGUACUCUUUAACUUGAUAUAGUGCUCAGGAUUUUCAAAGUGAAUACUGAAUGAUUAAAAUACUGUUGAUAUACUCAA